AUGGCUCUGCAGGAUGUGUGCAAUUGGCAGCCUCCUGAUCUCCAAGGACCAUCCCCUCACCUGCCUCAGGCUGGUGGCUGGGCUGUGCCACCCGGCUACGAUCCUCAAACCUUCCUGCAGAUCCAUGGCCCCAGGCUGGCCCAUGGCACCACCACUCUGGCCUUUCGCUUCCGUCAUGGAGUGAUCGCUGCAGCUGACACACGCUCCUCCUGUGGCAGCUAUGUGGCUUGUCCAGCCUCACGGAAAGUCAUCCCUGUGCAUCAGCACCUCCUGGGCACCACCUCGGGUACCUCUGCUGACUGUGCCACAUGGUACCGGAUCCUACAGCGGGAGCUGCGCUUGCGCGCAUUGAGGGAAGGUCAGUUGCCCAGUGUGGCUAGUGCUGCGAAAAUCAUGUCAGCCAUGAUGUACCGCUACCGGGGGCUGGAUCUGUGCGUGGCCACGGCCCUCUGCGGUUGGGAUCGCUCAGGGCCCGCUCUCUUCUAUGUCUACAGUGACGGCACUCACCUGCAGGGGGACGUCUUCUCCGUGGGCUCUGGAUCUCCCUACGCCUAUGGCGUGCUAGACCGUGGCUACCGCUUUGACAUGACCACCCAGGAAGCCUAUGAUCUGGCUCAGCGCGCUGUGGCUCACGCCACCCGUCGUGAUGCCUAUUCAGGCGGCUCUGUGGACCUUUUCCACGUGCGAGAGAGUGGAUGGAAGUAUGUGUCUCGCAAGGAUGCCUGUGUGCUGUACAAAGAGCUGCAGGAACCCAUGAAGGCAGAGGAGGAGGCCGGCAAUGCUAGGCCUGAGCCCACCACUCCCCACAGGGCUGGGACCAGUGGAGAACUCUGUGCAUGGGUGGCACCAGGAGGCUCCAGGAUGCCAGCAGAGAUGGAUGGAGAAACUCCUUUGUCUCUUUCUUGCCUUGAUGAAGUGCGGCUGCAGAUGUGGGGAGUGGAGGUGGGAAAGGGUUGGCUGCUUAGUGUGGCCAGUACCACCAAACGCUUGUCAGCUGUGUUGCCAUACUACAGGGAGCUGGACCUAAGAGUGACCAUCACGUAG